UCAGCUUCAGAAUGGGAUGGGUUCACCGGGUCCUGACAGCCCCUGUGGUUCCGGCAUACCUAUCAGGGACCACGCUGUUACAAUAGCCUGUCAAGUGGAAAUUCCAACUGCACUUUGAAAGAAAGAGAAGUGCAGAUAAAGAAUCAUACGAGACUGGUUGGAAAUAAUCGGAACUCAGAAUGUUCCGAGGAGUUUGUUUUGGAUUUUCUGAUAUAACGCUUGUCUUCCUCCUGCUGUUCUCUGUCACAGGUUCGCUGGUGAUGGAUCAUCGCAGAGAUACAGAGGACGACCAGAGGCGCAACAAAGACAUUUUGGAAAUGCUACAUAUCAAUAAAGUGUCUGCGAGUCAUCAGGCCAAGCCACAUCCUUACAUGAGAGGGAUCUAUCAGCAAUUGGACUCACUGGAGAAUCAGGACUUUGGGGGUUCAGAUGGAACGGUGGUGCAGAGUUUUCGGAGUGUAGUUGGUCCACAUCAAGCUCCUUCGGGAUGGAUCUGGUUCAAUGCCAGCGGCCUGAACCCCUCUAUGCUGGCUGCAGAGCUGGUUAUGUACAGGAAGACACUGCACCCCAAUCCCAUCAGUAUAACUGUCGCCUUGCACAGUGCCUCAGCUUUCAAGGGCACUUUGGUGGAGAAUCCCGCCAUGGAGGAGAGACAACUAUCCCUGGAUCAGCAAUCUUCAUCUGGAUAUGAUGUGUUUGAUGUGUCAGCUGUAAUGCCUAUGAAGCCUCUUGAGGUGGUGGGCUUUCAGCUGCGUUACACGGACGAGACUGGCAGUCUGGUCCUUCAUGAAGCCCUAACACAGAGUCUUUACUGUCUGAAGAGAGGCUCCCUGAGAGAACCUUUACUGGUGCUUUACCAGUCACACCCCCACCACAGUUAACAAUGUGACCGCUGCUAGGGUCCGGAUGAU